GUGAAUUCAAUGUUGGCUACUCAUUUCGAUAUUUUUUUUUCUUAGGUCAAGUAGCACUUUAGGUGCAUCUGAAGACAAGGAUGCUUUGAACCAGGCACUAAAUGUUGGUUUGCUUAAUGAAACCAACCUUCUAAUUUAGCAUUAAUAGUCUUUUGCUUCCUGUAGGCAAGUCGUAUGCAGGCAACAUCCAUUGCAAUUAUUUAGCGACCUAAUUUCAUAUUUGAGGCUUCAAACUUGGCAGUUUGGCACAGUACAUCAAAGUGAAGCUAUUCCUUCCUUAAAAUAGACUAUUUAUAGGCAUACAUUAUCUGCGCAAAAUCCUCAAAACUAUCGAGUAAAGUCUCCUUCAUAUCUGAGGCUCCAAAAUUCGCAUAUGCUUGGUAUAAGUAAAUCUGCUUCACAACAGAAAUAGUUGUUUGGCCUGGUAAUCUGGCUAGUUGCAAACAUCUCCAGGUCUUACAAAUUCAAUCCAAUAAGGUUUCGGUUACAAUAAAGGUUUCAUAUUCAGGAGGAUUAACACCUAAGUGGUCAUAAUCAUGCAAGAGCUGAAACGCUUUAGUCAAUACAGAUUGAGCCUUGCUUAGACCAUGAAUCAGAAGAAGGUCCUAGUGGGAAGCACCUGAAGCUGGUCAAGAUCCACUUUUCUAUGUAUUUUACAUCUAACUCUAGAUUGUUCUAUUUGGGUCAUAUUGAAGGCUUUGAUUUUCUCCAUUUAUUUGGGCAUCCUUUAAUGGAAAUAAAUGCUUUGUGAGUGAUGGGUUCCCAUCUUGAACCAUAUCCUUUCCUUUUAUUACCCAAUAUCAUCAUCAUAAAAGUGGUAUUCUGUCCAAGACGGUACUACGCGAGUCAGGUCUGAGGGUACAAUCAACAUGAAGCGAACAUGUUCGGGUUUAGUGAAGUCCAGGUCUUAUGAGCUACCUGACCCACUUCAGCUCUCAGGUGUAAUAGGGGAUGUGCUGCGGCCAUUCUCUCCAAGUAUCAUGAUGGAGGUAAGGUAUGGUAGCAUGACACUUAUGAGCGGAAGCGCCAAGAAGCCAUCUGAGGUAGCCAUGGUACCAUUAGUGCGGAUAGGUGGAGGGAUUUCUAAUGGAAUGCUCUAUACUCUGAUUAUGGUGGACCCAGAUCAUCCUAGCCCUUCAAGGCCUACACAGAGGGAACAGCUUCUUUGGUUGAAGACAGAUAUCCCAGCUGGAUUAAGUUCUGCUUUUGGUAAUCAAGUGGUAGAGUACAUGGCUCCCAAUCCACGGCUUGGCAUACACCGUUAUGUCAUCAUGCUGUUCAAGCAGAAGCAGCCACUUCGCAUGCUUGAGCGAGUUCCUCUAUCACGAGAUAAUUUCUCGACUGAAGCAUUUACUGCAUCCUUGGGUAUGGAGACAGCAGCGGCCGUAUUCUUCAGUUGUGGUCGUGAAAGGGCACCCCGUUCUAGUUCAAGCUACAGGAUAUACGGUGAACGGGUCAUGGAACAUGGAUAAGUGUAAGUCUACCGGUUGUCUGAUGAUACUGUUAGAUUUUUGAGAAUAGAGGAUUUUUGGACUCGAUGAAUAGAUGAGAUUUAGUCCUACUGUUGGUGCUAACAAGUCGUGUGUGUGUGUGUAUUUGUGUGGUGUCAGUGAUGGCACUGUUAGAUGUUUGAGAAUAUGAGGAUGUUUGGACUCGAUGAAUAGAUGAGAAUUAGUCC